GUAGGAAGGGCGAUAGGCUUCAUUGUCCCGAGGAAAGCUCACAGAAACCUCUUGAAGUUCUCUCUCUUCCUCCUAAAAUCCGAGAAGCAAAGGCAAGUUCGAAUCAAAAAGGGGAAAGGCCAGGAUCGGAAGCACAUCGCCGGUAGCUCUGUGGCAGAGUUGAGCUUCAAACAGUCGGAAGGAUAGUUAAUCUUCAAUGGGCGAGAAUGCGGGGUCAUCUUUGCCGAAAGAUAUCCUAGACCAGUUGUUUGCUUAUUCUAGAUCCACGAGCCUGGCGGACGCCUUGGAAGUUCUUGCGAAAAUAUCAAGAACUGCGGACGGGCGUGCUGAUCUUGCUUCGAAGAGUGUCAUUGCUUUGAUACUUGAUCUAAUUCAAGGACACUCGGGAUGUUUGAAUUCUGCACUUCUGGUAUCAUCACUGAAGCUUCUGAGGAGCCUAUGUGCUGGAGAGGUUGUCAAUCAGGAUACCUUCAUUGAGAAGAAUGGAGUCGGGAUCACUUUGACUGUCUUGAGGGCUCUGAUGCGUACUCCUGCCUUGGAUUGUGGAGCCGUUAGGAUAGCCCUGCAGGCUCUAGCAAAUGUCUCGUUGGCUGGAGAGAGACACCAGCAAACUAUUUGGGUUCAAUUCUUUCCAAAUGAAUUUCUCACGCUUGCAAGAAUUCGAAGUCAAGACACAGUUGAUCCUUUGUGUAUGAUACUGUAUACUUGUCAAGAUGGGAACCCUGUAUGCCUGGCAGAGCUUUGUGGAGAUCAUGGUUUGUCUGUGGUGUCAGAAAUUGCUCGGACUGCUUCAAUCGUUGGAUUUCGAGCAGAAUGGUUUAAGUUGCUUCUCUCAGUUAUCUGCUUAGAUAAAGCACAUCUACCUACUUUAUUUGCCAAAGUAGCUGUUGCUCCUGCUGAUGACAGCAAAGAUGUCCAAAUGGUCUGUGAUGAGUUUUCAUCAGAACAGGCGUUUCUUGUUAGCAUCGUGUCGGAGAUCCUAAAUGAGCGAUUAAAUGAUGUCACCGUCUCUAACGAGUUUGCAUUAUACAUUCUUGGAUUGUUCAGAAAAGCUAGCGGGUUUGUUGAUUUUUCCGAAAGGGGCAAGUUAGGUCUUCCUACAGGGUCCUCUCCAAUUGAUGUCCUUGGUUACACACUCACCAUGCUGAGAGAUAUUUGCGCACAGGAUGGUGCGCGAGGAUCCACGGAAAAUGCACAAGACACAACAGGCAAACUUCUCUCCUCGGGUCUUUUGGAUUGGCUUCUGAAUUUGCUCCGUGAACUUGAGCCUCCCACGAUGAUCAGAAAAGCCAUUAAUCAGGGUCAGCACCAAGGGAAUGCAGAUUCUGAACAACUGAAACAAUGCCCUUACAAAGGGUUUCGGAGGGACAUCGUUGCCGUCAUAGGCAACUGUUUGUACCAGAGGAGGAGCGUGCAAGAUGAGGUCAGAUGCAAGGGUGGGGUUACUCUGCUUAUGCAGCAGUGCGUCACGGAUGAAGAUAACCCGUACUUGAGAGAAUGGGGUAUUUGGACAGUCAGAAACUUGUUCGAGGGAAAUGCCGAAAACCAACAAGCAGUUGCUGAAUUGGAGCUCUGGGGAACUGUUAAUACACCGGAGAUCGCAGAACUUGGUCUUCGAGUGGAGUUGGAUCAGAAGACUGGAAGACCAAAGCUUGUAAAUUCUGCCUGAGCAUUUUUUGGAGUCCCACAUUCCAUGAUGUGUUUCUCUAAUGUUUUAAUUAACAGAAAUUUAUUCUAUGGUA